AUGGAGGUUGAGGUUGAACCUUUUUUACUUGGGUCUGAAUCAGAUAUGGAAGAAAAUGAGAUUAGUGAUUCCAGUUUGUUCAAUGAUGAAUGGAAAUCUAAGGACUUAACUUCUCCUGACAUAAGUGAUGAAGAAAGUGAAGAUGAAGAGGGGUAUGAGAAUUUUUCUACAUUUAAAAAAUCAUGGCAACUGAGGACUGUGGUUAACAAGCAUACAUGCAGUAGGGAACACAAGUUGUGGCUAUUCAUUGCAAAAUGGCUAAGUAGAAAAUUGGAAAAAACAAUCAAAGAGAAUCCUAAUGUAAAGGGAGUUGAUAUUAGAGAAAAAAUUAGUAGGAAAAGGAACAUAGAAAUAUCUAAGAAUAUGGCUUACAGGGCCAAAGCCUAUAUAUCAGACGAAGUGGAAGGGUCCUUCAGUAAGAAAUAUAAUAGAAUUUAUGAUUAUGCUCAUGAGCUAUUAGCAAGAAACCCAGGAUCCACAAUCAAGGUGAAAGUUGAGCCAUAUGAUGGAAAACCAAUAUUCAAGAGGUUUUACGCAUGCCUAAAGGCAUGCAAAGAUAGCUUUCUCUCAUGCAGGUCCAUCAUUGGCCUUGAUGGAGCCUUUUUGAAAGGCAGACAUCAUGGUGAGCUAUUAACUUCUAUGGGUCGAGAUGCAAACGACCAAAUGUUGCCACUCGCUUAUGCCAUCGUAGAGGUUGAGAACAAGGAGACUUGGACAUGGUUUAUGGAGCUACUCAUUGAAGACGUAGGUGGACCUGAGGUGUGUUCUUCACUUACAUUGAUAUCAUAUCAACAGAAGGGUUUGUUACAAGUUGUACAAGAUGUUGUUCCUGGAGUUGCACACAAAUUUUGUGUAAGGCAUUUAUAUGCCAACUUCAGGAAGAAAUUCCCUGGAAAGAAUCUUAAGAAGCUUAUGUGGACGGCAGCUACAGCAAUCCAUCCACAAAAAUGGGAGAAUGAGAUGAGAAGUAUCCAAGAGGUGAUCCAAGAUGUUUUUCGACACUUGAUGGCUAUUCCUCUAAGGAAAUGGAGCAUUAGUGGAAUACCUUGUGUUCAUGCAUUGGCAGCAAUGAGGUUUCUCAACAUAGAUGCAAAGGACUACAUACCUGUAUGCUUUCAAAAGUCAACGUAUGAAGAAAUUUAUUCCUCUAUUAUCUAUCCCAUUAAUGGAAACAACCUGUGGGAGGUAACCCAAUAUCCAAAUGUCAUGCCUCUAUCAAAACGAAAGAUGUUUGGUCGUCGUAAGAAGAAAAGGAGGUUAGAGCAAUGGGAGUUGAAGAAAAGUAGCACUAGAAUGUCAAAAGGGGGAUUACUAAAGAGAUGUAGCAUGUGUAGGGAAGUGGGUCACAACAACAAAAAUUGCCCGAAGAGAAACCAAGUGCAGGAAGAGGAACAACAACCCAGUUCAUUGGCUGAGGGUCAACCACAUGGAGAAGAACCACUUCAGACUUGA